AUGGGUGCGACGUUCAUGUAUGGCACUUUGAAGCUCUUAAAUGAACACGGAGAUGACCGCCACACGUAUAGUAUUCAAAAGACAGUGACAUCCAUGGGACGUGCACUCACAAACGAUGUGCGCCUUUUGCUGGAGGACGUUAGCCGCCAGCAUUGCACCAUCGAAUUUGAGGAUCAGUGUAAUGCAGUUAUUCGUAUCCUUGGAGCUAAUGGUGUCACGUUGAAUGACACCUUGCUGAAGCCAGACGAUGCAGAGCACGCACUUCAUGAUGGGGACACGAUUGUGAUUUCCAAGCACACGCUGCAAUUUUCCUAUGCGCCAAAAGCAACGCUUGCACUGGUACAGACGCCGGAAAAGGCAGCGCUGUGUGCAUCACAUCCUUUGAGAUCGUCUCCAGCCUCGCCUCGCCGUGAAAGCCCGCGGCUCAAGGCCAAGUACGAGGCGCAGAAAAAGACAAUGUACGAUCCAUUUGUGACACCAUCGCUGCAAAAGUGCAGUGCCAUAUCCAAGCCUGUAUGCGACAAUGCCACUGAAUUUUGUCCUCUCAAUGUUGCAAAGAAGCCGGAAGAGGUGGAAAUUGGAGGCAUUGUAGCAGAGGCGAUGGAUACGUUGGCUAAGGAGGAAACGGGGAGUAGUGAGAGUGCAACUUUCCCGAUAACCAGUAUUGAGGAGACUGAUAAUGCUGCGGAUUGCGAAGGGGCUACGGAAGAAGUGCCGGUUGCUUCUGGCAAAGAGGACGAAUCCAUCGACGCAGCCGGGCACAGUGCUGUUGCGGACAGCACCGUAGUAGAGGCGGCAAUUCAAGAAACGGAAAGCCAAUGUCUGUCCACCCAAGACGAUAGUCUAAUAUCGCUGCAUUUGGACGAUCUUGAGGCCGCUGCUAUUGACGAUGCUUUGGGAUUGGCAGACGACCCUACGCCGCCCAAGCCAAAGCCGUUCUUGGAACCCAUGACCCCGCCUUUGCAGUGGACUCCUUCCAAGUCGCGAAAAAUUAGCUUGCGUACGGCGACGUUACUGAGGCGUAGUGCGCAAUACCCUCUCCUCCCUCUCUCAGCGUCGCGCCGGAGCGAUACGUAUACGAUGCCACGUUCCAGCAUGUCGCCGCAGUCAAAACCAUUUGAACCGCCGUCCUCGGCUGGAUCGAAAGACAUGGAAAUUACGCAAGAGUUUGUACAUACACUUGCGAAAAAUCCUGACGUGCUUUCUGACGAGGAGGAGGAGGAGGAGCGUGCUGAGUUAUGCAGCACUUCCGAGCAUGUAAAAACCUUGGCGGAGCAGCUCCCGGCUAAUUUGCACGGUUUUAUGACCCCACAGCCCGCCAAGCACACCGCUUCGCUACCGCGCCGCUUGUCGCUCGACGUGCAGGAGAAAUCCGAGGCUCCAUCACCGUCGCUAAGACACCGCUCGUCGUGGCAAUGGCUGCGAAACCUCUUCUCUCCGCGCGCUGCAGACAGCCUCGGAGAGGCUGCCUUGCCUCAUGCGGAAGCUCCAGGGAAAACGGAGCUUAUUGCCGAGGCGCAAGACGAAACCUGCGUGGAACCUAUUGAGACAGCCGGACCGAUCGAGGAUGCAAGCCUCGAACCUAUGGAGCUGGAUCCGAUUGAGUCGCAGGCCUUACUGCUGGAAACGCCCGACAUCUCGCUCUCCGGCGCCAAGUGGAUGUUUACCAAGCCUGAGACGCCCCCAUCCGGCCCUUCGUAUACUGUGGACAGCGGCGUGCCUACCCCGGACAUGCACAUGCUCAAACAUAUUUUUGCACCACCGAAACAAGGCAACACGGCAGAACAGGCCAUGUCUGAUUUUCGGCACAUUGUUGCACACCACGAACGUUUGGCGAACGCAGCGUCUCCUCGCGAAGUGCAAGCGUUUGGCAAGGUGUGGGACACUAUGAUUUUGAAGGAAGAGUCCGUGCAAGAGAGUGUGCCGCCCCAAGAAGAACCGCAUUCUUCCAGCACUGCGAAAAGUGCGUUCAAAAAAGGAAAGACGGCACCGGAAAGUUUGGGCAAGCUGGUCGAGCACAGCGAUUUGCCGCUCUCUGCUCAAAAAGUUGCGCCGAGCGACGCCCAGCCUGCGAUGCACGCCUCGACAGGCAUGCGGAUGGGCCGAAGUGUCACGCGCGCUAAAGAGCCUUAUGUGCCUGUGCGCCGCGCACUGUCUGCCAAAGCAAAUCUCCCCAAUCUAGGUUCUAUGGCAACUACUGCUACGGGCGCGAUCCGUCCCCCUCAAAAAAUGUCUACGUCUGACACAGCCCAACGUGUCCGUUUGGAUGCACCCACAUCGAUUCCCGCCCCUGCCCGUGUUACCCGGAGCCAGACAGCGACGGCCAAAACCACACGGCAAGAUAGUGGGAUACCAGGAAAUACGAACAGGGUUGCUAAGCGUACAUAG